AUGCCUUUACUUGAAUUAGCAAUUAUGAAGGCACCAAAAAUGUUUCAAAAAACUGAACGAUCGAAAUUUUUGAAAGUGUUGCAAGAAUUGGAAAAUAGUACUUGUACUAUGGGACGAAAUGGGACAGAUUUUUGGUAUUUUGCUUAUAAACAAUAUAUGAAUGAUCUUGGAUUCGGUGCUGAACUUUGGGAUAUUUUGCAAAAUAAUAAACAAAUACAUGUCACUUUCUUGCAGCAAUUUGGACAGAAUUUGGAGUCAUUUUUGCUAGCUAAUAACAAAUACUUUUGUGAUAUUUUAUUUGACAAUAAUAAAACAAUGGUAGCGUUUCGAAUGUUUAUGCAAAUGAAGAAUAUGCCAAUUUAUUCAAGCCAAUUUAUCGUGAAAUGUGCCAUGCAAAUCAGGUUCUAA